AAAAGAAAUAUCUAUAUUUUCCUUUUUUCACUCUCUCUCUUUCUCUCUCAAUCUCUUUCUUUGAAAUUUCUAAGAAACCUGCGAUCCGCUGUUUGAAUAGCGUGAUCUUAGGUUUCUAAGACUCUAAUUCGUCUUAAAUGUUUCACCUUUUUCUGGGAUUGAUCCAUAUUUUCAAUUAGGAUUUUCUUUUGUUGAGUUCUUUCGAGGGGAUUCGUAGAGGAGCAAUUCAAUUUUGAAAAUGAGUGAUCACGUGGUGCUGUACGUGGAUCGGUUGAUCAGGCCGCCGGUGGAGGCGGAGGCUGAUCACAAACCUGUGGAGGCUGCUGCUGGGCCUUCCUGUUCUCGGCCUGAUGAGGAAACUGAUAGUGCUGGUUUGGGGAAGGAGAGGAACGAGGAGGACAACGACGAGGAUAAGCCGUUGAUUCAGGUGGCGGAGUGUCGCAUUUGCCAGGAAGAGGAUUCUGUUAACAACAUGGAGACUCCCUGUGCCUGUAGCGGCAGUCUCAAGUAUGCUCAUAGGAAGUGCGUUCAGCAUUGGUGUAAUGAGAAAGGAGAUAUCUCUUGUGAGAUUUGCCAUCAGCCUUACCAACCUGGAUAUACUGCUCCACCUCGUCCGCCUCGCACUGAAGAUACUGCAAUUGAUAUUGGUGGAGGAUGGACCAUCUCGGGCACUCCUUUGGAUCUGCGUGAUCCUCGUCUAUUGGCAAUAGCAGAAGCAGAACGCCAUUUUCUGGAGGCUGAGUAUGAUGAGUAUGCUGCUUCAAAUGCUAGUGGAGCUGCAUUUUGCCGUUCAGCUGCUCUCAUUUUGAUGGCUCUUCUCCUCUUGCGGCAUGCACUGACUGUUACAGAUGCUGAUGGAGAUGAUGACGUGUCUACAUUUUUCUCACUUUUCUUGCUACGAGCAGCUGGUUUUCUUUUGCCCUGUUACAUCAUGGCUUGGGCCAUCAGCAUCUUGCAGCGUCGAAGGCAAAGACAAGAGGCUGCAGCAUUAGCAGCAACACAAGUUGCUUUUGUGCUUCAAUCCGGACAACGUAGGGGUCUGCAGUUCACAAUAGCGUCCGGACCUCAUGUAGCUGCACACCAAGAGCCUGUUUAAUAAAGAAAAACUGAUUGAAAAGAUAAGUAGAAGAGGGUUCCCAUUUCAAUAAUGUUUUUGUUUAAACCAAAGAAGGAAAAAUUUAGUGUGUGAUGACCAAUUAAAGAAGGUCCUAGUGUUCUCAGUUGGCACGCUUGUCUGGUUUUCCCUUCCCUAAUAUGUAUAUAUGAUGCCACCUCAUGGGGAGCUUGAGAAGUUGGUUGAUACCUAACUUUGCUGUUCAAUAUGGGCAUUUGUCUUCAGUUGUGUUUGUGUAAUUUGUUUAAAUUUUUUGUUUUCUCCUCUACACCUAUGCUAAUGUUUCAAAUUUUUCUUUGGAA